CCAAACUAGGCCGAAACGGAAAACCCCACGCGACCAACGAUAGACCCGGACCAAAAUGGCUGCGCUUCUACUUCUCAGGGGUAUCCCAUUAAUUCGCGUCCGGCUUGGCCGCCAACGCCUAGCCGCCGGAACACUCUCGCCACUUUGGUACCCGUGGAGCUCCACAGCCGACCCAACUAGGCUGGACCAGGAAGUUUGCGAUGCCGAAAAGACCACGGCAGUGUUGAGCGCAAGGGACUCGCCCAAGUACCCCAGGUGGGAUGAUCCUGAUUACCGGAAGUGGAAAGACAAGGAAGAAGAGAUUAUGAGAGAUAUAGAGACCAUUAUUUCCCUCACCAAGGAAAUUCUCCACUCUGACAGGUAUUUGGAUGGAGAACGUCUAACAGCUGAAGAUGAGAAAGCUGUGGUGGAGAAACUUCUUACUUACCAUCCAAGUUCUGAAGAUAAAAUUGGAUGUGGGCUUGACUCAAUCAUGGUUGGUGUCAAGUGGUCAAAGCACGCGUGGUGCAGGUGACAACAGCGAGUAGCUCGUGAAGUUUGCAUGCCAAGUACUGCUGUGAAGUUGAGAGUAUGCAUAUGUGGUCUAGAGCAGGAGGUUCAUUGGGCUCUAACUUUACUUGGGAGGAACUUUGCAGGGAGUGAUUAACUCCUCUUCCUCUAUGCAUGCAUCGGCUUUUAUAAAAAAGUACGUCAAUUGGCAUUUCAUGUCAAAAUAUCCCUCUAUUAUUGGUUUGUUUUUUUUUUUCUUCUUUAAAAAAAGUUAAAGAGGAUGCAUACGUCAUCUAUAGCUUCAUUGGGCUGAAGCUUUCUUAAGAGAGUAACUUCAUGGGAAAUUAUCUCUUCCUGUAUGCGUUGGGUAGUAAUUUACAUCAAUUGGCUCUCAACUUAAAAAAAUUUGUUACCAUAACAAUUUUUAUAUUAGAAUUAAGGGAUUAAAGCG